AUGGGAAACAGUACACAACUACAUCAACAGCAGGAAAUCUUCCAAUCGUCACUUCUCCCUCAGGGAACGAUUUCCAAAAACGAGUUUACGGUAAUUCCAGCGCGCUCGCACGAUCCGUACAUCGUGGCGCUGGCUUCAGAGGCCAACCGCAUCGCAAAGCGCAUGUGGACCCGCACAACAUGGGAGCAACGGGGUUCCAUACUCAGAAGAUUCAUAGAGUUUACAGUGCGGCACAACCUGGAUACGACGGAAGAAAACAUUCCGUUAUUCAUAGUAAGUUUACAACUGGCAAAGAGCAGCGCGAUACAAUAUACGCGCACAUUGCUAACCCUUCUGGCAACGGCCAGAACUCCCACUCAAAUGUUUUUAAUGGGGUUACAGAAAACAGCAGCACAGGACCCGUUAAAACAAGCUCGUCCAAUGCUAAGAUGGGAGUUGGACAUGAUAAUCGCCACUCUACCAAAGGAAAGAGAUCAAGUGGCGUUAAGACUGGCAUGGGUUACAGCCAGCAGAUGGGGAGAAAUCGCACAGCUUCAGAAGCAAAAUUUCGUCCAGCACGAACAAGAUCCCAAUGCCAUAAUAGUGGAUUGGGGUGCGCUGCCAAAAACCUUCAAAAGCGACCCGCACAGAGCGGCCAGAUACGUCGUAAUUCAAGGAGCAGACGCACAAAGGGUUCGAGAAACCAUAAAAGGAAUGACAAGCGACGAAAAGUUAACGUCAUUAACGACAAAAGAUAUGGAAAGAAUUCUUCAGCCUUACGGCAUGACAGCUCACUCCAUCAAGAGAGGAGCUUUGGCCCACGCCGCGGCGGCAGUGGUCGAACACGAUCUCGACCCACGGUUAUUAACACAGUUAGGGAAACAUGCAGAUCCAAUGGAACUCCCACGCAGCACAGUGCGUUAUCUGGGUCAUUGGGCCGCCACAUUAAACAAAUCGGCACACCUCACAUCAUUGAUGUGA